AUGUCGGUGAGUGGAAGACAUCCAACAUGUAACUUCCUUCUGGAGCUUGAGAAAGACCAGGAGGAAUGUCUUGUGAAGCUGAGGGAACAAGAAUCUUCAAAUGCCUCCAAAGGAUGCAAAGCUAUCUGGGAUAACAUAGCAUGUUGGGGCCGUGCAGAGGUUGGAGAGACAGUAUCUAGAGAAUGCCCCAGAGUGCUCAAGACAUUCUUUGGCAGAAAUGGAAACAUAAGUAAGAACUGUACAGAGGACGGAUGGUCUGAAGUUUUCCCCCAAAUAACCCGUGUGUGUGGGGCAGAGGAAAAGCAUGAUAAGGUAACCAGGCUGGUCUUCUUUAUGGUGGUGAAGACUCUGUACACCCUGGGCCACAGUUUGUCUUUGAUCGCCCUCACAACCGGGAGCGCCAUCCUCUGUGUAUUCAGAAAACUCCACUGCACGAGGAACUACAUUCACCUCAACCUGUUCUUUUCCUUCAUCCUGAGGGCGGUGGCGGUCCUUGUGAAGGACGACAUCCUCUUCUCUCGCAGCAAUCAGUGUUCUGAGCUGCCUUCACUGAUUGGAUGCAAGGCGAGCCUGGUGAUUUUUCACUACUUUAUCAUGGCCAACUUCUUCUGGUUGCUGGUUGAGGGCCUCUACCUCCAUAUGCUGCUGAUUGUCAUCUUCUCUGAAAAUAGGCACUUCAUCGUUUAUCUUCUCAUUGGCUGGGGAAUCCCAACAGUGUUUGUUUCUGCAUGGGCUAUUGCAAGGGUUUAUUAUGAGGAUACUGGCUGCUGGGAACAGAAUGAUAACCCAAUCCCAAUGUGGGUGAUCAAUGUGCCCAUAGGAAUCUCCAUCAUGGUGAACUUCCUCCUGUUCAUCAGUAUUAUAAGAAUCCUGGUUCAGAAACUGAGGUGUCCUGAUGUGGGUGGCAAUGACCAGUCACAAUACAGGAGGUUGGCCAAAUCCACUCUCCUGUUGAUCCCUCUGUUUGGCAUCCAUUACGUUGUCUUUGUGUCUCUCAAUGAAUCCAUGGCAGAUUACAAAAUCUUCUUUGACCUCGCUAUCGGAUCGUUUCAGGGCCUGGUGGUUGUCAUCCUGUACUGUUUCUUAAACAGUGAGGUUCAAGGGGAACUGAAGAGAAAAUGGCAGAGUAUAUGCCUCAACUGCCAUAUGGCCAGAAACUACACCCAGCACAACACUUAUGCCUCCAGAAACGGCUCAGAAAACAUGGCUCAGUUCCAACGUAACUGUCGUACCCAGUCCUUCCUGCAGACAGAGACUACUGUACUGUGAGGGCUGUGGGUAAAGAGGCAUCUGUCUCCAUUAAAACCCUACAAAACUCUGGUAUUGGCCUAAAUACACACUACAGCAAGCAUAGGCUACAGUUGUGGGCACUAAAAAGUUAGGUUGGCCCACAGUAUUGGCAGAACAAUUAUUGAAAUGGCUCUAGGAUCUUCUAACGAGUUUGUCUAUUAAACCUGUACCCUUUAUUGUGCCUGCAACUUUUGGCAGAUGUCGUAACAGGGUAUUUUUAACAGAUAUGAA